GGGUACGACCGUUAUAUGCGGAUUCCUCCCACACACGUGCCAUCAACCGCGAUACACUGCCCAUAUACUCGACAACGGCGGAUCGAUAGUUUAAAGCUAUCCCUAACCACUCUUGUUAUUAAGUUCUUUGUUUUCCCCUUUUUCUCUCUCACUUUCCAAGAUGGCCACCACCUACGAGGAGUUCGCGGCGAAGCUCGACCGCCUGGACGAGGAGUUCAGCAAGAAGAUGCAGGAGCAGAACGCCAAGUUCUUCGCGGACAAACCGGAUGACUCGACCCUGUCCCCUGAGAUGAAGGAGCACUACGAGAAGUUCGAGAAGAUGAUCCAGGAGCACACGGAGAAGUUCAACAAGAAGAUGCACGAGCACUCGGAGCACUUCAAGCAGAAGUUCUCUGAGCUGCUGGAGCAGCAGAAGAACGCGCAGUACCCCGGCAAGUAGAGGAGACAAUCGUUGUUGCCUGUUUUCUUCUUCCUUGGGCGCUGUUGGGCUGUGGAGGCACCUGCAUCGACACUCGCAGAUGCGCCAGACGAGCUGGAAAGAGGGAAAAGAACAGGUGGGAAACAGGAUACAAAGCAUGUAUUCAAGUGGUGGUGUCCUUUAGCAAGCCCCUCUCCCCUGCAACGCAAGUCCCUGAAUGGAGCGCAGCAAACGCUUUGGAGAACCCUUGUUUGUCUUCGCGUUUGCCGAUUGUGUUGCUCACGGGCUUUGUUUUUCUCGCCGACCUUCUUUCGCUUUCUGCUCUUCUGUGCCGAUGCGUCUUUUCUUCUGUGUCUCGUGCAGCAUCCUCCCACACGCGUUUCUUUGCUUACAAGGAGAAGGAGAAAAGUCGAAGCGUCACCAGCAAAGAGGGAGGGAUAACGGCGCGAAGUGGGUCCUCCUCUCCUCUCUCUCUUUCCGGUUCGUCGCUUUCCGCAGCCUUAUUCAUUUCUUUUCUUGUACAGCUGCAACUAUAGUCACCUUUAUCUUGAUCUUUUUCUUUCCAACAUGUUUUAUUUAUCAGAACCGAAUCU